AUGGUGGCUCCGGCCUUGACGGGCGCGAACUCGACGGGCGUACAGCCUUCAGCAAGCCGUCAACCUACCCGAUCCGCCAGCACCCACCCGUCGCAUUCCCAUAAUGUCCCCUUGAGCGCCCGAAGGUCCGAACCCCUCGAUUUGUCCACCGUCGAACGUCGAGGUCAGCCCAAUGCCCCCAGAGAGCCUAGCAAAAGAGUCCGCCCCCAUGGCCUACAGGAAGCUCCGACGUUCCGCCCAACGGAAGAAGAAUUCAAGGAUCCCUUGGAAUACAUUCGGAAGAUCGCGCCCGAGGGCAAGAAAUAUGGAAUUUGCAGAAUCAUUCCGCCGGAAAAUUGGCAGCCGCCAUUUGCGAUUGACACCGAGCGGUUUCAUUUCAAGACUCGUCGACAGGAGCUUAACUCGGUCGAAGGAGGAACCCGUGCAAACUUGAACUAUCUCGAUCAGCUGGCCAAAUUCCACAAACAACAUGGUACCAAUCUGAACCGAUUCCCGAGCGUCGACAAGCGCCCCCUCGACCUGUACAAGCUCAAAAAGGCCGUUGAGAUUCGUGGCGGUUUCGAUCAAGUCUGUAAAAUGAAGAAGUGGGCAGAGAUCGGUCGUGAUCUCGGGUAUAGCGGCAAGAUCAUGUCCUCCCUGUCAACUUCUCUCAAGAACUCUUAUCAGAGAUGGCUCCAACCGUAUGAGGAGUACUUACGUCUGGCUAAACCGGGAGUGCAGCAGCAACUGGAACUAGAACACGGUGGACCGUACACACCGUCUCCGCACCAGUCGCCGAUGGCGAAGAAGCCCGUGCUGUUUGAUCACAAUACACCAAUAGCAACCACACAGGCUUCCCUAAAUCUCCAAGCUGCUACUGGUUCACAGGGUACUCUGAAAGACGUAGAGGCUACCCCUGAUAAGCCCACCCCUCCGAUCGAAGCCGCACCUCCUCGGCCUACCGCAUCUGGUUUCACUGCUGUCAAUGCCAGCACUGGUGGCUUCACCGCAGUCAAUCGGUCUCCAUCCUUCGUCGCCGUGAACAGCGGUCCAGUAGUCAAACGCGAAACUGAAAAUGGGUCACUGACUCCGCAAAGUGUCGCCGAGCAUCCUCAGAGUUCGACUCCGGUACCCAAUGGCCAUGGCGGGCAUCCCAUGAAGCGCGCGAUCAGCCAUGACAGCGGCUCGCAGACAGAGGGUGCAGAGACAGAUGCAAGUGGGCGACGAAGUAAACGUCUUCGAAAAGAUGUUCCGCCUCCGCCUACUGUCGCUGGCUCCCACAUGAGUCUUCUCCGUCCUGCUCCACCUCGGGUUCGCAAGAGUGAUAGCCGGAAACUCGGUGAUAAAUGCGAAAUCUGCGGCAAGGGGGAGGAUCGUCCUUCCAUACUUGUGUGCGAUAGCUGCGAUCAGGGAUAUCACAAAAAUUGCCUGGAUCCGCCGCUAACGACUGUCCCGGAAUAUGACUGGCAUUGUCCCAAGUGUCUUGUAGGCACCGGCGAGUUUGGCUUCGAGGAAGGCGGCGUUUAUUCUCUCAAACAAUUCCAGGAGAAGGCAAACGGUUUCAAGAACAGUUAUUUCGCUUCCAAAAUGCCUUUCGACCCGGUCCUCAACACUCAUCGGCGAGAGUCUGAGGACGACGUCGAGCGCGAAUUCUGGAGGCUUGUUGAAAGCUUGACCGAAACUGUUGAAGUCGAAUAUGGCGCCGACAUCCAUUCAACUACGCAUGGCAGUGGUUUCCCAACCAUUGAACGGAAUCCCCUUGAUCCCUACUCAACUGAUCCCUGGAACUUGAAUGUCCUCCCUUUCUAUGGCGAUUCGCUUUUUCGUCAUAUUAAAUCUGACAUCUCGGGCAUGACAGUGCCCUGGGUUUAUGUCGGCAUGUGUUUCUCAACUUUCUGCUGGCACAACGAAGACCACUAUGCGUACUCAGCCAACUACCAGCAUUUUGGUGCCACCAAGACCUGGUACGGCAUUCCGGGGGCUGAUGCAGAGGCGUUCGAGGAGGCAAUGCGCCAGGCGGUUCCAGAGUUGUUUGAGGGCCAACCGGACCUGCUCUUCCAGCUUGUAACUCUGAUGCCACCGGAUCAGCUCAAGAAGGCUGGUGUAAACGUCUAUGCGCUCGACCAGCGAGCUGGGCAAUUCGUUAUUACCUUCCCUCAGGCGUACCACGCUGGUUUCAACCAUGGGUUCAAUUUCAACGAGGCUGUCAACUUCGCCCCUGUGGAUUGGGAGCCGUGGGGUGCAAUGGGCGUAGAGAGACUUCAGGCCUUCCGUCGGCACCCGUGUUUCUCCCACGACGAACUGCUGCUUACGGCUGCCGCUCGUGAUACGUCAAUUAAAACAGCUAAAUGGCUCGCUCCCGCCCUUCAGAGGACAUGCAACCGUGAGCUUGCGGAAAGAUCCGCAUUCUUUGGUCGGCAUAGGGAGAUAGCACCGCACAAGUGCGCACUCGGAUCCCAGGACCCGUCGGCGUCAGGUGACUGCCAGCUCAAGUUCUUAGUUGAAGAAGAAGAUCUUCCAGAAGAAGAUUAUCAAUGUCAAUAUUGCAAAGCCUACGCAUAUUUGACCCAGUUCCGUUGCCAUAAGACGGGCAAGACAAUGUGUUUGCUGCAUGCGGAGACCUACGAUUGUUGCGGAGAGACCGUCGCUCAACGACUCUCGGGACCAGACCAUACCCUUCGCUACAGAAUGAGCGACGACACAUUGAAAUCCCUGGUACACAAAGUUCAGGAGCGUGCCAGGAUUCCGGAAACGUGGGGGGAGAAGCUCGAUAAGGUUCUGGAAGAUGAGCCGAAGCCCCAACUGAAGGUCCUUCAUAGCCUACUAAGCGAAGGUGAGAAAAUCCCAUACCAUCUGCCUGGCCUCCAAGAUCUAGCGGCCUUCGUCCAGCGCUGCGAUAAAUGGGUUGAGGAAGCAACCAAUUAUAUUACCCGGAAGCAGCAAAACCGGAGGAAAAACGAGAAGGCUUGGCGCAAGAGUACUUCGAAGGCCGCGCAGCUGGAAGAACGCGAUCGUGAAGUUCGCAAGAUAGAAACUAUGUACGCCCUUCUUGCAGAGGCUGAUAAACUUUCCUUCGACUGUCCACAGAUGGCGGCUCUGGAAGAGAAAACCCGCGAGAUCGAGAAAUUCCGCCAGGACGUUAACGCUGCCCUCAUGAACCCCCAUGUCCGGUCGAUCCAGGAAGUAGAAGAUUUGGUGGAUUUGGCCCGCAAUUUCAACGUGGAAAUACCCGAGGUGGAAGGAUUAGAGCAUGUUCUUCGACAAAUGAGGUGGAACGACGAAGCACGUCGCAAGCGUGAUCAAUAUUUGACUCUGAAGGAGUGCCAAGAACUUAUUCAGGCUGGCGAACAAUUGGGACUUUCGGAAACCAACGAGCAACUCAGUCAUUUUAAGGAAUUGUGCCGUCAUGGUGAGACUUGGGAAGCCAAGGCCAAGGAGUUGAUGUCUGUAGAAUCGGUCCACUAUCAACAACUGGAGGCUUUGUCUGCGCAGGCACUACGCUUCCCUGUUUCUCCCGAGACGCUCACUGCGGUCGAUGCCAUAUUAACGAAACAACGGGAAGCACAAAAGAAAAUUCAAAGCCUCUAUGAGCGAAGCCGGGAUCCAGACUUUCGGAAACGUCCUAAAUACAAAGAAAUUCGGGAUCUCAUGGAGUCACUGGAAGCUUUGAACAGCCGUCCCACAGGUGCAAUCGACCUGGAGCGGGAGCAAAAGCGUCAUGAGGACUGGAUGCGGAAAGGGAAAAAACUAUUUGGGAAGGCCAAUGCGCCAUUGCAUAUCUUGAAGUCGCACAUGGAGUAUGUCGAAAAGAGAAAUUCAUAUUGCUUCGAUCUAGAAGAUCGCUGUCGGCCACCUGUGGAACCAGCGUCUCGAGACAACACUCCGGAUGGCCUGCUGGAGAAUCAUACCGCCAGUACGAGCAUGUGGGGUGGUGGCAAGUCUCGGAAGAGGGAUGUCUUCUGCAUUUGCAGGCACUCUGAAGCUGGGAUGAUGAUUGAGUGCGAGGUUUGUCACGAAUGGUACCAUGGUAAAUGCUUAAAGAUCGCUCGAGGCAAAGUCAAGGAAUUCGAUAAAUACACCUGUCCCAUCUGUGACUGGCGCCAAAAGAUUCCUCGCGAUGCUGCGCGUCCGAAGCUCGAGGAUCUGCAAGACUGGCAGGCUGAAAUCCCGAACCUUCCGUUCCAGCCUGACGAGGAAGAGAUUUUGGAAAACAUCAUUAAUCAGGCAACCACCUUCCGUGACUUCCUCCAGAGCUUCACCAAUGCUGCCUGCACUACCACAGAAGAAGUCCCCACGUUGAUCUUCUACCUGCGCAAAAUCGAGGGUGCUGAGGUGUUGUUGGCUUAUGAGACGAACUUCUUCCGUCAAGAGAUCCAUAAAUGGGCACCUGUUGCACCAGAAGCACCCCCGAUCCUGGAGCAAUCCCUCUCGACGCGUAAACCGCGCCCAACCAAGCAGCAGAAGAUCAUGGCGCAAUUGGGCGUGGAACGUCCAGAAGACCUUCCUCCACAUCUACGUACGAAGCAGCCCAACCAUGCGAAACGCAAGUCUAUCGAGGCUCAAACGCCUCGGCCUGCAAUUCUCCAGCCAAACCCUCAUGCUCCUGGUGACGACCCUAACGCCAACGGGCCAACAUUGACUCCCAUGACUGAGGCUCCCAAUCCACCAUACCCUUUCUCGGCUAAUUAUACUCUCCCUGCAAGUGACUCUACGCCAGCAUUUGCCCCCGCGCACUCCGCUUUUCUGCCUCACAUCGCAGCACACUCUCCCUCGUUUCCACGAUCUCCAUCGCCGCAUCAAGGGCUUGAUACUACUCUCUUUAGCUCCCCCCGUUUCAAUCGCGAUCCUGCAGAAGGGCCUCCGGGAGUUGACAUCGGCAAUGAAAAUCCUUUCGACAGCAGUCCUCGGCAGAACUUGGAUGAUGUCUUCGCGGAUUUGACUAACCAAUAUGUGGAACCUGAUCCUGAGCUAGAAUCGGAGCUCAUGGAGAACACGCAUGCCAAUGAAGCACUAGAGGCUCUUGAUGCGAUUAAUGGAGGAGACCACUCCGGGGAUAUUCAGCACGAAGAUGCUCAUGACCCUGACGUCGACGGUGACAUCAAUGGCCACGAGGGCCUCGAAGGUCCUGCAGACAACAAUCCUUGA